UCCUCCUCUCCAGAUAAUACUUACCCAGUCCAGCCACUGUCGUAUUCUACAAUUCUUUUGUUACAAGUGGGGAGUGUGGGAGUUGCAAGAAAUCAUUUUUCAAAUACAUAAAAGUCCAAUAAAUUGGCCGAAUACACACCUGCUUCUCAGUAGUUUCCAGCACAAAGUCCAUCCUUUCUAUAGGAUCAGACAUUUCUCAGUUUUCUCAUAUUCUUGGCCAUUUUGAGAAUUGCAAAAAGAAGGAAACAGAAACAGAGAAAGAGCAAAGUAUGGGGAGUUUGGUAGGUCAUGUUACUACAGGUUUUGCGUUCUUCUUGAUAGGUCUAUGGCAUUUAUUCAAUCAUAUCAAGAUUCAAGCUAAACACCCCAAUUCCUACAAAUCAUCACCUUGGUUUAGAUCUCCAAGUCUAAAAUACUUAGAACUUUAUUUGAUCAUUUUGCUUAGCGUAUUGUCAAUAGCCAUGGAGCUUUUUAUCGGUCCGGAAAAACACCAACCGUUUGAUCCUGACGGAAGCAUACCGUCCAACCAUCUGCAUAACUUCGAGCAUUCGUCGAUAUCUCUGUCGCUUAUCAUCUAUGCAGUUUUGGCAAUCAUCUUGGAUAAAAGUCGAUUAAAAACCGCUAUGCAUGAUGGGUUGACAUACUUGCUCGGUGCGUUUGCAUUUGGGCAACAGUUCGUCUUGUUUCAUCUUCAUUCGGCUGAUCAUACUGCUGUUGAAGGGCAAUACCAUUUGCUUCUGCAGCUUGUUAUUUUCAUUUCUUUUUUAACAACUCUUAUGGGGAUUGGAUAUCCUAAGAGUUUCUUACUAGGUUUUGUCAGGUCUGUCAGUGUUUUGUUUCAAGGCGUUUGGUUCACAUUCAUGGGUUGUAUGCUUUGGAUCCCAGAGUUUGUUGCACAAGGGUGUUUCAUGAACUCGGAAGAUGAUCACUUAGUUGUUAGAUGCAGCGGGGAACACGCACUUCACCGAGCCAAAGCACUAGUAAAUCUCCAGUUCAGUUGGUUAUUAUCAAUGAUUGUUGUAUUGUCCAUGACUUUGUAUGUAAUUAUGUGCAACAUCUAUGGAGCGAAGGUAGAAUACUUGUCUAUAAGCAAGUCCGAUGGGGACGACGAAGAAGGAAGGCAUCCAGAGGUUGAACUGCAAAAGAAGAAUUUACUCUGGCCGGAAACGUGAUUCCGAUGGCCAGGGAAAUGUAACGUUUAAGUAAAUUUCUCUAUAUUUGCCUUGUCAUUUCCUUUGUA